UCGAGUAUCUCGUGAACGUUCGACGUGGACGGACGUCUUUGUUCGCUCGUCCCAAAACAAAAACCGACAGUCGAUAACGGCACGCACACGUAUUUGGACGCGCGUCGGUUCAGCGUCCCGCGUCGCGGCGGUGCAAAUGCGCGCGCCAGGCGAGUACGAGCCAGUCCGCGAACAUCGGGCGAGCAGUCGGUUAGUGGUAGGAAAAAAUGGCGGAUGUCGACUUGAAUAUCGACAACCUGAUACAGAGAUUGCUGGAAGUAUACCACACGCAGAAAGACCAGGUUCAGAAGAAAGCCAAGCUAAAAGAUAUUUUCUCGUCGGACUUCGUCGUCAGAGGAUGUCGACCGGGCAAGACUGUUAUCAUGACGGAGGCCGAGGUGCGUGGCCUCUGUCUGAAGUCGCGGGAGAUUUUCCUGCAGCAACCAAUCCUGCUGGAAUUGGAAGCGCCGCUUAAGAUUUGCGGCGAUAUACAUGGCCAAUACACCGACCUGCUGCGGCUCUUUGAGUACGGUGGCUUUCCGCCCGAGGCCAACUACCUGUUUCUAGGUGACUACGUCGAUCGAGGGAAGCAAUCCUUGGAGACGAUAUGCCUGCUACUGGCGUACAAAAUCAAGUAUCCGGAGAACUUCUUCCUACUGCGUGGCAAUCACGAAUGUGCCAGUAUAAACAGGAUAUACGGCUUUUACGAUGAGUGCAAGCGACGGUACAAUAUCAAGCUCUGGAAGACCUUCACGGAUUGCUUUAACUGCUUGCCGAUUGCUGCGAUCAUUGACGAGAAAAUCUUCUGCUGCCAUGGCGGGCUCAGUCCUGACUUGCAGGGAAUGGAACAAAUCAGAAGAAUCAUGCGUCCAACCGAUGUACCUGAUACUGGUCUCCUCUGUGAUCUCUUAUGGUCCGAUCCUGAUAAAGAUGUUCAGGGUUGGGGGUGAAACGAUAGAGGAGUUUCAUUCACAUUCGGUCCAGAUGUCGUAUCAAAGUUCCUGAAUCGUCACGACAUGGAUCUCAUAUGCAGGGCACAUCAAGUAGUCGAAGACGGUUACGAGUUCUUCGCCAAACGACAACUCGUCACGCUUUUCUCUGCGCCAAAUUACUGUGGCGAAUUCGACAAUGCUGGCGGAAUGAUGAGUGUUGACGAAACGUUGAUGUGCAGUUUUCAGAUCUUGAAACCAUCAGAGAAGAAAGCAAAAUACCAGUAUGGAGGAAUGAACACGGGUCAAGCAGGUAGACCAUCUACACCACAAAGGAAUCCAGCGAAAAAGAAAUGACAGCCUUCAACCGAACCUGCACAACAAACGCGAUUAUCUUUAAUGGAGGCUAUCAUGCUAGGUAAAUCUGCUUUAUGCCUGUCAAAGCUUACUUAAUCAUUCUAGCUGACCACUUAUGUGCAUUAUUACGAAUCUAUUUCCCAUGAUUAUCAGUUAAAUGGAAAAAUACAAAAAAUAAAAAAAUAAAAAAAUUAAAAAAAAGGAACAAAAGGAGAACAGAAGGAAAUGGAAUGUAGGACGUUACUCGAUAUAUCUAAGUUCGCGCAACGAUUUGCCGAUGAUUUGAAUGUUAUAUUUAGCACGCGAUGUUUCCAACACAUGUACACAUAUAAUGCACUCCGGGGCGGACAUGAUUUAAAUGGACGUGAUUUAUAUGGCAAAGAUACAUUAAUGGAUUCAUUCACUUGGACUGGACUUGCGAAAAUUCUUAAUGCUUUAUAGCCAACGCGCUUGUCAAAGAGCGCCUCGGAUGCUAUGUAUCUGAUCUAGCCUUUGAUUUUCAUGUGUUUCAGCACGAAGACGUCGAGAUACAGAAUUAACCUAAUCUGAUAAACAUAAAGAAAAAGCUAAAAAAA